UCAAAAAAACAAAAAGAACACCGGUUAUACAUGCUUACUAGUUAACUAAGCAGGGAGAUCUUGUGAAAGAAUAAUUAAUCAAUUAAUUAAUUAAUUAGAGGUGUCCCCAGCCGGUGGCAUGUGAAAGAACAAGGCAGGCAGGGAAGUGAAGUGUGAAAGUCAACAGUGUAAUACUAACUGAACUGAACUCAGCAGAGCUAACUAGUCUAAGAAUCUUUCUUCAAUCUCCAAUCAUUUUCAGCCAUGGAUAUGCAGAAUCAAAUUCCAACCCCUGCCACUGAAGAAGACAACUACGCUUCCCUUUCUGACUUACUUCAAGAAUUCACAACUAUUCCCAAUAUUGACAAGGCUUGGCUUUUUAACUCUCAUUCAACCACAUUGCAGGGAAUGUUCUCUAUUAAUCAACCUGAUCUUGUAGCAAAUAAGACCAAGAAACUCAUGCUAUCAUGCCAAAUCUUUAAAGAAUCUGAGAGUUCUGUUAACUUUUUAUGGGCUCCAUUUCCAAUAGAGAUUUCUGGAGUCUCAUUGAUUAUUCCAUCACCUUCUGGCUCUAAACUAUUGCUAAUUUGGAAUCCCAAGGAUGACGAAUCGCCUUGCCGCUUUGAAAUUUGGAGUCAGUCUCGAAUGGAGAAGGAUUUCCAUAUCCCCCAAUCUCUGCAUGGCUCAGUCUACAAUGAUAGAUGGUUUGAGGGAGUCUCUUGGAACUUGGAUGAGACAUUUGUAGCUUAUGUAGCAGAAGAACCCUCUCUUUCAAAGCCGGAAUUUAGGGAUGCAGGCUACAAGAAAGGUGGUGGUUGCGUGCCGGCCGACAAGAAUUGUGGUACAUGGAAAGGCCAAGGGGACUUGGAGGAAGAUUGGGGAGAAACAUAUGCUGGAAAGAGAAGGCCUGCACUUUUUGUUAUAAACAUCAGCAGUGGAGAGGUACAAGCUGUUAAAGGAAUUGACAGAUCUUUGAGUGUUGGCCAAGUUGUGUGGGCGCCAUUCCACGAUGGCUCGGAACAAUAUCUUGUUUUUGUUGGGUGGUCAGGUGAGAAAAGAAAGCUUGGUAUGAAGUACUGCUCUAACAGGCCUUGUGCAUUAUAUGCAGUUAGAGCACCCCAUCAUGACUCAAAAUCUAAUGAACAAGAGAUCAACUCAACUCAAGAAUGGUAUAUACUGAACCUUACUCGAACCAUAAGCAGUGCCCUCUUUCCAAGAUUCAGCCCAAAUGGAAAAUUCCUUGUGUUUUUAUCUGCAAAAAGUGCUGUGGAUUCAGGAGUGCACAAUGCUACAAACUCACUACAUAGAAUUGAUUGGCCAACCGAUGGAAAACUGCACCAAUCUGCCAAAAUUUAUGAUAUUCUUCCAGUUGUGACAAGCGCCGAGGAAGGUUGCUUCCCCGGGCUUUAUUGUACAACUAUCCAUAAUAAUCCUUGGCUUCUUGACAACUCUACUAUGAUCAUAUCAUCUAUCUGGCACAGCAGUGAAGUUCUACUCUCAGUGAAUGUGUUGAGUGGGGAAGUUGCACAUAUCAGCCCAGCAGAUCCUAGUUUCUCUUGGAACCUUCUUACACUGGAUGGGAACAACAUCAUUGCCAUUUGCAGCAGCCCGGUUGAUGUUCCUCAAAUCAAGUACGGAACGUUCACUGAGAAAUCAAAGGAAAGUAUUCCAUGGAGUUGGUCAGAUAUAAGCAGUCCCAUGUUCAGAUGCUCCGACAAGGUUAGGUCGUCGUUGUUUUCUCUCAAGUGCAGUAUACUGAAGAUCCCAAUCAAGGAGGCUUGCCAAGGCAUAGCAAAAGGUGCUAGUAAUCCUUUUGAAGCCAUAUUUGUGUCAUCUAAAUCCAAGAAAAAUGAUCCACUAAUUGUUAUCCUUCAUGGAGGGCCACAUGAUGUCUCUUUGUCUUGCUUUUCAAAGUCUUGGGCAUUUCUAUCUUCAGUUGGAUACAGCUUGCUGAUUGUAAAUUACAGAGGUUCAUUAGGAUUUGGCGAGGAAGCAUUACAAUCUCUUCCAGGGAAAGUUGGGUGUCAGGAUGUGAAUGAUGUUUUGUCUGCAAUAGAUGAAGUGAUCAAGUUGGGAGUUGCUAGUCCAUCCAAGAUAACAGUGAUGGGUAUCUCACAUGGUGGCUUCUUGACAACCCACUUGAUCGGCCAGGCACCGGACAAGUUUGCGGCCGCAGCCGCUAUCAACCCUGUUUGCAACCUUGCACUCAUGGUUGGCACAACUGACAUCCCUGAUUGGUGCUAUGUAGAGGCUUUUGGAACCAACUCCAAACAUAGCUUCACACAAGCACCUUCUCCACAACACUUGACUCUCUUUUACAACAAGUCUCCUAUUUCACACCUCUCUAAGGUAAAAGCACCAACACUUUUCUUAUUAGGUGCUAAAGAUGUACGUGUUCCAAUUUAUGAUGGAUUGCAGUAUGCUAGGGCUUUAAAGGAGAAAGGAGUCGACGUCAAAACCAUUAUGUUCCCAAACGAUGUCCAUGGACUCCAAAGACCACAAUCUGAGUUCGAAUGCUUCCUUAACAUUGCGGUGUGGUUCAACAAGUAUUGCAAAUUGCAAGUAAAGGAUCACACUUGACAACUGUGAAGAGAACGGCUGUUUUGAUGAUGGCAAUUCAAAUGUAAUGCUAGUUUUGAUGAUGGCAAUUCACAUGUAAUGCUGUUUUGAUGAACGGCUGUUUUGAUCCUGCAAGUAAAUCAACUAAGACUCAAAUAUUAUUUGAUAAUAUUGAGUCUAUUUCAUCAUUUGUUGCUUCUUUUUAAAAGGUUUUUUGAAGUCA